ACACCAUAUAAGCUGGUUGACGUCCACGGAAAAGACUUCUUUGGUUCCCUCCACCCAUGCCAGCGGACAGAUGCUGAAGUUCCUUGAUCGGGUAGUCUGGAGCGGAGUUGGAGGCAUUGAGUCGUCUCGGGCAUUGCGACACUUGCUAGGUGUAUGCUCCAGAUGUGAAUCAGGUGGAAACUGAUACGGAGUGAGCCGCCAGUUAGGACAGAGAGCUGCUUCCGGGAGGCAUGUGUCGGCUGUUGCAGACCUAAUUUGAUUGUCAUGUUUGUCACUUGACAAUGCUUCCGCGCUCAAUGAACUGGCAGCACGAUAGAACAAGGUGUCGGCAGUGACGAACUUGGAGGCGACAUUGCGAAGUUUCUGUUACAUUAGAUUUGUCGUGAAGGCAUCAAUGCGAAUCGGACGUCGGCUGUAGAAGUUACAGGACUGCAUACUUCACUGCCAAGGGCAAAGUGUCACGCUUGUUAUUGUCCCACCGUCGAACCUGUUAAUCUCGAAUCUACGCGCACACACUGUUCCUGUGACUGUACAACGAAGGUGUUGAUUCGUUGGAGUAGGGGAGGACGCGCAGCGCAGCUCUUCACACUAUAUGUAGCGUGUGGAACCACUUUUCACCGAUAGGAUCGGGUUCGCAAGACAUUGAAUUUGAGGUCUUUUUCUUGUUGAUGGUCUCGAAGAAUAUUUAAAAGAUGGCUUCUGUCUCUGAAAACGUUGAGAACGUGUUGCGAAUUCCGCCUCUUUCCCCCUCUCGUCGUGAUUACUCUCUCCGAAGCUGUUCUGCAAAUGUUAGCGACUCAGACACCAGCCGUCCUCAGUCUCCCUGGCGCCCCCGUGACUCGCAGUUGCCAAGUCGCGAAGUGAGCACAUACCAGCUCUGUGAAGCAAGUCCUCCAGCCCUUGGUCGAUCCACGUACUACAGCGGCCCUCUUCCUGUCCUAUCCAAUGAGGUCGAUAUGUCUGGUAAUAGGAUGCGUUACUCUGGCCCCACUCCUCCGCCAUCUUUCUUCAGCGGCCCUCUCACUGGUUUCUCUUCCAGCACAAUUAACACCUUCGGAUUUCUGCCUAGAGCGAGGAGCACCGACCGGCAGUUGAGCGACGCCACUUUCUCUGAGGUACCUGAAGUAGGGUCCAGUCGCGGAAGCACCUCGGCAGAGGAUGUAGAAGAGGAACUCGCACCGGUGGACGUCGAUGAUAAUGUUUCCGAGUUUGUAGACAAUGCCACACACAGAUUACGCGGAAGCUGCGCGCCACCCAGAAUUAGUUCAAGAAUGAAGACGCACAUGCCGAAUCGUGCUUGUUUCAGUCAUGAGUUGGAGGUUGGUUAUGAGGUUGCGCAGCAGAGGCCUCGUGUCGAGAGAGCAUUCAAGAGCGGCGAGCUUGAAGCACUUCGCUCAUGUGCUGGUGGAAUACACAGCUCCAGCUCAGGGGUACUGAAUGGAGAACUUUUGAGAGUCGCUGAAGUGGUCGAUGCCCGCGAGCAUCGCAUGUCAUGGAAUGCUUUGAAUAAAGAUAACAGGCCUAGAUGCGAGAUGGCUGCAAUAGCUAUUCCAUUCAAAUGGGAUGAUGCCCCUGGGAAGGCAAGACAUGCGUUAAGGAAGUCGCACUCUCCCGCGUCUUCGAACUCAACGCAAUCACACAUUUGUGAGGAGAAGCUGAAGGAUUCCCAUAAUAGUGCCCCAAAUGAGUCAAGCUUCGAGAAUAGCCAUAGGAUGCAUGGUGGUAUUAGGAAAGGACCCGGGAAAUUUGAGAGUGAGCGCCGGAGUGAAGACCUAGAUACAUCCCGCAAUGCCAACGUUGCCCCUGCAGCCUCGAGUAUUGUAGACUCAUCAACCCCGUCUGCCAAGCCUGCACCUCAGAAAGCAGUUCGUUCCUCGGUCCCAUUUAAGUGGGAGGAGGAACCUGGUAAACCGAAGUUCGAGGAGAAGAUCGCCCUCGACCCUGCUCCGACGUUACAAUUGCCGCCAAGACUCGUCUCUGCAGCUGUUAAGUGUAACAGUUUUAGCAAACCUACGAUAUCGAGUAGGAGCCGCAGCAUGUCCAUCAUAUCAGGUAACCAAGUUCGGCCCGUGAAGCGUAAUGCAAGUGAACCACAAUCAAGGGAGUCGUCGGUGGGGAAACACUCCCAUCGAUCCCAGGAGGAAGCACCAUCACCGCAAUCAUACUCAUCACUACAACUGUCGCCGCAGAAUGGAAAUCAUUGUCACACUCAUUCUACCAACUUUCUUUCCGGUCCUUUGGACCAUACAGCAAGACCAAGUCGCGCUUCCAGCAAAGGCUCAUUAGCCUCUAAAUCAGGACCCAUCACGCAAUCCGGAUCACCACAGUGUCAAAACGCGGAGUUUCUCUGCGCAGCAUCAGCUCGUUCUCCCACAAGCACGCUCUGCGGUCCUGGCAGUGCACCUUCAUCUUGCUCCAGAGAAAGUACGCGUACAUCUUUGAGUGCACCAUGCUCACAUUCUUCGUCGGGCACCUCCGUCGAACUGUUCGAGCAUUGGUCAUACGAGGAUCAAGCCAGCCCUCUUUCAACGUCUAGGAACCCUUCAAAGGACUUCGAAUCUCAAGGUUCUUCUCGGUCGGCUUCUGUUAGAAGCCAUGACAAUGUUAAAACACAUAAUGUCUGCGAUGUACCGAAUCGGAAUCCGAGGAUAUUGCAGUCGAAGAUGUCGAAGCCUCCUGUUCAUUCUUCUCACUCUGCAGCUGCUGCGUCUUCGCGUACAGUGAAUGUGAAUGAAUACUCAUCGCACGAAGAGGAGUUCUGGAGUUCUCAAAGUUCACCUUCAAGGCCACCCUCGAAGCCGGAGGACGAGUUCUCAAGCACCGCUAAGGAAGAUGUGAUUGAGCUUGAACCACCUACACGACUACCGUACAAGAUGCCUUCUCCUCGAACACCGGACCCUGUGGUUAAGUCGGAACCCCAUUCAUCAACUCGAACGGUCUCUGAGCACCCGGCUUGCUUCCCCAGAUUCUUCUCGAAGGGUGAGCCAGGAUCUAAAACAACGCCGUGCUUCUGGGUUGAGAAUCCCUCCUUUCAUGCGCAAGCGAGUUAUAAGGAAGACGGGCAAAAAUCUCCAGCGUACAAGGCCACCCUAGAACUGUUGUCGCCUUCGCCAGAGUCAUCGAAGAAAAGCCCGUCGCGCCAGUCGAAAGUUGCCAAGCUUGCAUUGUCAAGCUCACGGCGAUGGCACAUGCACUUUUCUUCACUCAAGUCAAUGCUCCAGAGGAGGUCAUAGAGCGGCGUUGAAAUGGACACAAUCCUUUCUUCUUGAUGAAGAUCAGUGCUCAAAGGGACAUCAAUCAUACGUGAGGUCCUGCCUGCACAGAUUUAUCAGAAAAAAAAAAAAAAAAAAAAAAAAAAAACGCAUUAGCUCGUCUACCGACUAAUCUAUUAAUCGAUAAUACACCUGUUGAGUAUGCGGAGUUUAUCAACAACAAUCGGACACAAGAAAUCAAUUCUUCGACACUCGUUCCAAGAGUGUUAUCGAGCAACGCCCCGCAACCACUCCGUUACCAACGACACAACGCGUGUAUGGUUUUACACACUGCGCAAGUGCACCGCGGAGGCCGUUUCCGUAACUCAUUUCUUUGAAUUAUUUUGACCCCGACGAUCCAUAUUUAGCUGGAGAGAGUACUGUACAUUAGGAAACCAACAGGCAGACAGAUUAUUUAGCGCCACUCUCGAUGGUGCUCAUUUUCAUUCCGGAUGAGAGAUUCACCAUUGGACUGCGAUCGCAUCCGAUCCGUCCACAUCGAGUUAGAGUCGAGCUCUUCUGCGAGAAGUAGGAUAGAGCGAGGUGAUGCAACCUCGUGCACAGCAAUGCACUUGUUCUUUCAAGAAUUUACACCAUAAUAAAACACGAAUUCAAGUUC